GCGCAAGGCGUGCUGACGUUCAGCGCUGAUUUUAAAGCGGCGCUACGCUCGAAAGCGAAGCAGAGGUUGCGUUCGGCUCCUAGUGGGUUUUAGUUAGUCUUUUAAAAAGCGCGAUAACGUCGUGUGGUUUCCCUUUAGCGUCGGCUUUUAAAAUGUCUGGACUGGAUGUCGCCGUUUUCCCACACGACUUCGCCUGGGGAGCUGCGACCGCUGCUUAUCAAAUAGAAGGUGGCUGGAAUAUGGACGGCAGAGGCCCUAGCAUAUGGGACACGUUCUGCCAUGCCAAAGGAGGGGUGUUUGAAGACCACACCGGAGAUGUAGCCUGUAACAGCUAUCAGCUUUGGGAAGAGGAUAUGAAAUGCAUCCAGCAGCUUGGACUCACCCAUUACCGUCUGUCCAUAUCCUGGUCACGGCUUCUUCCCGACGGGACCACAAAUCACGUCAAUCCUAAAGGAGUGGCCUAUUAUAACAAAGUGAUCGACGACUUGCUUGCUGGUGGUGUGACGCCCAUGAUCACGCUGUACCACAUGGACUUACCGCAGGCUUUGCAGGAUCUCGGCGGAUGGAGCGCGCCACAGAUUGCAGACGUCUUUGACAGUUACGCCAGCUUUUGCUUCAAGACCUUCGGGGAAGUGAAGCUCUGGACCACUCUGAAUGAGCCCUAUGUCUGUGCCAAGCUGGGCCACGAGGACGGGACCUUUGCCCCUGGAAUCAAAGAUCCGGGAAUAUCGGUCUACUUGGCGGGCCAUAACAUGCUGCGCGCACGCGCCAAAGCCUGGCAUACUUAUGAUACUCAUUUCAGGCCUUUACAAGCGGGGCGAGUAUCUCUCGCCCUGAACAGCGACUGGGCGGAGCCGCUGGACCCCGGCUGUCCUAAAGACGCCGCAGCCACCGAGCGCUACAAGGACUUCACUCUGGGCUGGUUUGCCUGUCCCGUGUUCUGCACGGGGGAUUACCCAGAGUCCAUGAGGGCCAGGAUCGAGUCCGGGAGCUUGGGUGCGGGACGCGAGCGGGGCUCGAGGCUGCCGCGUUUCUCGAAAGACGAGCCCUCUCCUCUGGGCACGGCGGAUUUCUUUGCACUGAACUAUUACACGUCUAGGAAAGUGAGAGACUUGAAUGGCGGUGGUAAAAAGGGCGAGCUCAGUUUCGAGGGAGAUCAGGGGGCGGAGUGUGUCGUUGACCCAGCGUGGCCCGUGUGCGGGGUGCACUGGUUGGCCGUUGUUCCUCAUGGAUUGCGCAAAUUGCUGAAAUAUAUAAAGGACACGUACACCAGCCUGCCCAUUUAUAUCACUGAAAAUGGCUUUUCCCAGAUGGGGCCGGUUCAGACCGAAGAUGCCGACCGUUGCCGGUUCUAUCAGGACACUCUGCAGGAAGUCGAGAAAGCUAUCCGUCAAGACGGAGUGAACGUGAAGGGAUAUUUUGCCUGGUCUCUGCUGGAUAACUUUGAGUGGAAUCACGGCUACAGCGUGCGCUUCGGCCUGUUUCACGUGGAUUUCUCUAAACCUGAGCUGAAGCGCACUAUUUACCGCUCGGGCAGAGAGUAUGCUGCUGUGAUUUCCAAACACCGCUCUCAGAACAAACAAAACUCCUAACAUAUUAAAUCAAUGUAAUAUUGCACUUAAAGAAAUGAAAUCUCAUGUAAAUUCUAUUUUGGGAGAAUAAAUAAUGAUCCAACCGUAUCAAAAGGGGUUAUUGUACAGUAUUGCUUACUGUAAAAUUUAGUAAGAAAUUUAAUGCUCAGGGCUCUUGAGCGAAGCAUAAAGCAUAUAUAGUGUGAUAUUUUGUAAUUUUUCUUAUAUUUUGUGUAUGAUGCGUUUGUGGGCUAUUCAUAAGCUAAAUAAUUUUGAGCUGGAUGAAAUUGGAGUAUUAAAAAAAAUAGUGCGUUCAAAGUAUUGCAGUUAGACUGCGAGUCGCUUUCUUUUACGCUGGUUAAAAAUAAAAGUGCAUCUGAAGUACGUUUCUGUUUCUUUGUGGCGAAAAAGAUAAUAAAAAUAAAAGAUACGGUUCUUUUAAA